AAAAUAGGAGGUGUUGGUAGCAUAAUUGAAAAAAAUAACAGACAAUCAAUCUUCCUCAAUUAAACUAAGGUUUCUCUACAAGAAUAAGACUGACCCGUUCCUUCUCCCCGUCGUAACUGUCAUGUUGUCGGUCUCUCUGCUUGAACCUGACAAUAUGGAGGCAGCAGAACCAUCAAUUCCUUCAGAGUCACUGUGGGAUCAGAUUUCCAAAUAUUCAAGCAUGGUAGUUGCAGCAUACAAAAAGAAACCAAUCCCUUAUUGGAUUCUUCUUUUUCUUGGCAUCAUUGCAAUGGUUGUGGCGUUUCCUGCUUCAAGCAUUCUAUCUCGAGUGUAUUAUGCGAAUGGUGGAGAGAGCAAGUGGAUCAUAUCUUGGGUGGCUGGUGCUGGAUGGCCUCUAAUUGCCUUGAUAUUGUUUCCAACAUACUUGAUUAGUAAAACCUAUCCUACUCCUCUCAACUUAAAAUUGGGUCUCUCUUACAUUAUUUUGGGUUUUUUAAGUGCUGCUGAUAACCUCAUGUAUGCGUAUGCCUAUGCUUACUUACCUGCAUCAACUGCUACUCUUGUUGCAUCAUCAUCACUUGUAUUUUCUGCACUUUUUGGAUACAUUCUUGUAAACAACAGAAUGAAUGCUUCUAUAAUAAAUGCACUUUUUGUCAUAACUGCUGGAUUGACCAUCAUUGCCUUGGAUUCAAGUUCAGACAGAUAUGGUAAUAUCAGUGACAAGGAAUACAUCAUGGGAUUCAUAUGGGAUGUUUUGGCUUCUGCUCUUCAUGGCCUUAUUUUCGCCCUCUCUGAGCUGAUUUUCGUGAAGUUACUGGGAAGAAGAUCUUCUUUCGUUGUCGUUUUGGAGCAGCAAAUCAUGGUUUCAUUAUUUGCAUUUCUGUUUACCAGUGUAGGGGUAAUUGUAAGUGGUGAUUUUCAAAGAAUUACAUCUGAGGCUACCACUUUCAAAGGUGGUAGAAGUGCUUAUUAUCUUGUUCUCAUAUGGAGUGCAGUCACAUUUCAGUUGGGGGUUCUAGGUGCCACUGCUGUAAUUUUCUUGGCUUCAACUGUGCUAGCUGGUGUACUUAAUGCAAUAAGAACACCAAUUACCAGUAUUGCAGCUGUUAUACUUUUACAUGAUCCAAUGAGUGGUUUCAAGAUCCUCUCCCUCUUGAUUACCUUUUGGGGAUUUGCCUCAUAUAUUUAUGGUAGUUCUAUGGAUGACAAAUCAUCAUAAGUAUUACUCAAUACAUUCAUAGUCUCUUCAAAACUAUUAAGGUUAAAACUGUAAGACAACAUUGGAGUAUAGAUUUUGUAUUUUAAAUGUGUAUAUAUUUAUUUGGUUUGAAUUUUCAUUAAACAAUAUUGUCGUGAUUUUAAUUGUUAUGCAUUGUCAAUGUAAAUUUCUUUAUACUA